AUGGCUGAAAGACUAUCAUCAUGUUUUCGUUAUCAUCAUUAUUUUCAUUCUGGGUUCACAGGAAGCGGUGUCUGUGUAUUCAGUCGUUAUCCUAUAGUCUCAACGCUUACUCAUAGGUACUCGUUGAAUGGUUUUGCUCAUCACAUCCAUCGUGGAGAUUGGUUCGGUGGUAAGGUGGUUGGCUUGGUUGAAAUAGAGAUUGGUGAAAUUCGAGUUAACUUUUACGCAACACAUCUUCAUGCUGAGUAUAACCGACGUUCGCAGUCAUUUGAACUGAGUCAGUUUGUUCGUCACACUGCCCAUGGUGCCGAUGUUGUUAUUGUAGUUGGAGAUUUCAAUAUGGAGCCGGAAGAUCUGGGGUUCAGUCAGUGUCGCGGCGUUGCGCAUGGUGGAACAUGUGAUCGUCCUGAUAAUUGCUAUACCGAGCAGAAAUUUAGAGAGAACGAUGAAAGCAAACGAAUUGAUUAUAUUCUGUUCAAGGGCCAUAUUCCUGAUGAAAACCUCAACUAUUCUGAUCAUGUAGGUGUACAGGCUACUUUCAAGAUUGCAAGUGGCGAGCGUGAGUUGGCAUGCGAAUGGGAGCCGAAUCGGCCAUUGCUCAUUGAGGCGAUAGGAAUGGUAUCGGCGGGUGGGACAGCGGCGAGCACGGUGCCGACCGAACGGGCUUGGUUCACUUUGACGGUUGUGAUGGCUUUCUGCUUAUGGUACGGCGUAAUAGGACUCACAUUGGAGAGGAAAGCUUUGAAAGCUGCCAAACAAUCCAUGCGACAGCUACUUAACGAUUAG